GCACACAGCUUAUCCACCUGUGUGUGUGUGUGUGUGUGUGUGUGUGUUUGCGUGUGUGUGUGUGUGGGGUGUGUGUGUGUACACGCACAGUCUGUGUUUUUGCAAGAGUGCACACGUGCACAAGUGUUUGAUGAUAGAGCGUCGAGAGGAGGUGUGCUUGCAGCAACAGGACUAUUUUUAGUUUGCCUCUCCGUCUCUCUCUCCUUUCCUCUUUCUCUCUCUCUCCCCCACUCUCCUCUAUCCCUCUCUCUCUCCCUCUCUCUGUUUGUUUUUCCCCUUUUCUUUCGUUUUACUUUGCAAGCCGCAAGAGAACAGCCCUCUUUUGGACUCAGUAGGGGGUGAAAAAUAUAUAUUUUUUAACAACAACAACAACAACAAAAAAAUCCUCCACAACCACCUCCACAUCCACCCAGCACCGGCAGCAUCCUUACCCGCCCGCGAGGCACCAUGCACUGGGCAAGUGCUCUGCUCCUGCUGCCCCUGCUGGGGCUCUCUGGAGCCCUGAGGCCAGAGUGGGCGCCGGAGGAUACUUACACGGCGUCCGAGGCGGACGCGCUGCGUUUCCUGGCCGACUACAACUCCACGGCCGAGGAGGUGUUCUUCUUCAGCGUCAGCGCCAGCUGGAACUACAACACCAACCUGACCGACCACAACUCCGCGCUACAGGUUCAGGCCUCUCUGGAGGAGCAAGCGUUCACCGAGGCCUGGGGCAAGAAAGCCAAACAGCUGUACACGGACGUUGUGCUGGGCACCUUCACUGACACGGUGGCGGUCAAGCUCAUCAAGAAGAUCAAGGUCCUCGGAGCUGCCAACCUCCCCACUACCCAGAGAGAGCGGUACAACUCCUUACUCAGUCAGAUGGACAGUAUCUACUCCACAGCCAAGGUUGAGCCGAAGCCUGGCGUGCUCUGGAGCCUGGAACCUGAAAUCACGGAGGUAAUGGCCAACUCGCGCAGCUACAAGAAGCUGCUGCUGGCAUGGGAGGGGUGGCACGAGGCCUCUGGCGUGCCCCUCAGGGCGCUGUACCCCGAGUUCGUGGAGCUCAGCAACAAUGCAUCAGAGGCUGACGGUUUUGCUGACACUGGUGAGGACUGGCGGUCAUGGUAUGAGACCCCGACGUUCCAGGAGGAUCUAAAGCAACUGUUCCAGACCGUGAAGCCCCUCUAUGACAACCUGCACGCCUUUGUCAGGAGGAAGCUCUACAACUUCUAUGGCCCCAAGUACAUCAACCUCAAAGGGCCCAUCCCUGCACAUCUACUGGGUAACAUGUGGUCCCAGACCUGGAACAACGUUUACGACAUGAUGAUCCCCUUCCCGGGAAAGCCCACCGUGGACGUGACCGAUGCCAUGGUUGCUCAGAAAUACGACGCCAUUCGCAUGUUCGAAGUGGCGGAGGAGUUCUUCACGUCGCUGGGUCUGAAGCCGAUGCCGCAGGAGUUCUGGGACAAGUCCAUGCUGACCAAACCCGAGGGCAGGGAGGUGGUCUGCCACGCGUCCGCCUGGGACUUCUACAACCGCAAGGACUUCAGGAUCAAGCAGUGCACCACAGUGACCAUGGAGCAGCUGUUCACCGUCCACCACGAGAUGGGCCACGUGGAGUACUACCUGCAGUACAUGGAUCUGCCCACCAGCUUCAGGAGAGGCGCCAACCCGGGCUUCCACGAGGCCAUCGGGGACGUGCUCUCGCUGUCCGUCUCCACGCCCAAGCACCUCAAGACGAUCGGCCUGCUAGAUGAAGUGGCCAAUGAUCCAGACGCUGAUAUUAACUACCUCCUGAAGAUGGCGCUAGAGAAGAUAGCGUUCCUGCCUUUUGGAUACCUCAUCGAUCAGUGGAGGUGGGAUGUCUUCAGUGGCAAGACACCAGCGGAAAACUACAACAAGGACUGGUGGAAGCUUAGGACUGAAUUCCAGGGGAUUUGCCCACCUGUGCCCCGCACGGAAACCCACUUUGAUGCUGGCGCGAAGUAUCACAUCCCAGGCAACACGCCCUACAUCAGAUAUUUCGUGAGCUUCAUCCUGCAGUUCCAGUUCCAUGAGAAGCUGUGUCAGGCGGCUGGACAGACUACUGGUCCCCUGCACCAGUGUGACAUCUACCGCUCCCAGGCGGCAGGAGACAUCUUAGGGACAGUCCUGCGUGCCGGUUCUUCCAAGCCUUGGCCUGAAGUCCUGCAGGAGGCCCUAGGCACGAACAAAAUGGACGCCGGCUCCCUGAUUAGGUACUUCCAACCCGUCAUCGACUGGCUGAAGCAGCAGAACGCGGCUUCGGGAGAAACCCUUGGCUGGCCCGAAGCAGACUGGGUCCCACCGGUACCGGAGGACUACCCUGAAGACAUUGACACCAUCUCAGACGAGGCGCAGGCGCAGCGCUUCCUGGCCGAGUACAACAGCACGGCGGAGGGGGUGUGGAACUCCUACACUGAGGCAUCAUGGUCCUACAACACCGACAUCAAUGACCAAAACCAGCAGAACAUGCUCAAUAAGAACCUUGAGAUGGCCAAUCACACCAAGUCCUACGGCGAUGUCGCCCGCAAGUACAACACGAAAGAGUUCCAGGACCCAUCUGUGCAAAGGAUCAUCAAGAAGCUCAGUGACCUGGAGAGGGCAGCCUUGCCAGAAGCCCGACUGAAGGAGUACAACGAGCUGCUGUCUGGCAUGGAGACCAAGUACAGUGUGGCCAAAGUGUGCAGACCAAAUGGCGGCACCUGCCACCCUCUGGACCCAGACCUUCAAAAAAUCAUGGCCGAGUCGCGAGACUACAAUGAGCUGCUGUUCGCUUGGCAAGGGUGGCGUAACGAAUCAGGCCGUGCCAUCCGAGAAGACUACAAGAAAUACGUGGAGAUUGCCAACGAGGCUGCCAGGUCAAACGGCCACACGGAUAACGGAGCCUUCUGGCGCUCGCUGUACGAGACGCCGACGUUCGAGCAGGACCUGGAGCUGCUCUGGAAGACGCUGGAGCCCCUCUACCACAACGUGCACGCCUACGUGCGCCGCAAACUCCACCAGAAGUACGGCGACAAGUACAUCAACCUCAAAGGACCCAUCCCUGCACAUCUGCUGGGCAACAUGUGGGCACAGACUUGGUCGGGCAUUAUGGACCUGGCGAUACCCUACCCUGGUGCUACUCAGGUGGAUGCCACCCCUGCCAUGGUAGCUCAGGGCUGGGACGCCAUGAGGAUGUUUAAGGCGUCGGACGAUUUCUUCACGUCUUUGGGCCUCAUCCCGAUGCCACAGGAGUUCUGGGACAAGUCCAUGCUGACGAAGCCCGAAGGACGCGAAGUUGUGUGCCACGCCUCUGCCUGGGACUUCUAUAACCGCAAGGACUUCAGGAUCAAGCAGUGCACCGUGGUGACCAUGGACGACCUCAUCACCGUGCACCACGAGAUGGGGCACGUGCAGUACUUCCUGCAGUACAAGGAUCUGCCCGUCUCCUUCCGCGACGGUGCCAACCCCGGCUUCCACGAGGCCAUCGGCGACGUCAUGGCCCUGUCCGUCGCCACGCCCAAGCACCUGCAGACCAUCGGCCUCCUGGACAAAGUGGAGGAGAACGACGAGAGCACCAUUAACUACCUGAUGAGCAUCGCCCUGGACAAGAUCGCCUUCCUGCCCUUCGGCUACCUCAUGGACCAGUGGCGGUGGAAGGUGUUUGAUGGACGGAUCUCCGAGCAGGACUACAACAAAGAGUGGUGGAACAUGAGGAUGAAGUACCAGGGCCUGGUUCCCCCCGUUCCGCGCACAGAGCAGGACUUCGACCCCGGUGCCAAGUUCCACAUCCCAGCCAACGUUCCCUAUGUCAGGUACUUUGUGAGCUUCGUCAUCCAGUUCCAGUUCCACAAGGCUCUGUGUGACGCCGCCAAACACACCGGUCCACUGCACACCUGCGACAUCUACAAGUCUACUGAUGCAGGCAAACGACUCGGUGAUGCGAUGAAGCUGGGCUUCAGCAAGCCGUGGCCAGAGGCCAUGUUUGACAUCACGGGCCGGAGGAACAUGACCGCUGAGCCCCUGAUGGAGUACUUCCAGCCUCUCAUCACCUGGCUGGAGAAGGAGAACUCGAAGAACGGAGAGGUCCUGGGCUGGCCGGAGUAUGACUGGACCCCACCAACUGAAGGCGCUGCCGUAGAACCGGCUGCGAAAGUGGACUUUCUGGGUAUGAGCGUGGAAGGUGCAGCUGCUGUCGCCGGCCAAUGGGUUCUUCUGGUCCUCGGCGUGGUUCUACUGGUUGCCACGGCGUUCAUGGCCUACAAGUACCGCAAAGUGAGCAAGCGGAUGGGCAAAUCCCCAUCGCAAAUGGAACUGAAAUAAACGCUGCUUGGAAGGGAGUGAAACUUCUCGAAUUUUAAGGAAUGUUUGUUGAUUUACUGAUUUCAUGAUUGUUUUGGUCGAUGUUGCUGUUGUUUCUUCGCUGUUGAAUGUGCUGUAUAUUUAUUGAUAUAUUUUUUGGGGGUCAAAUUGUUUUGACUAUGCAAAGAAAGCUGACUGUUUUUUUGUAAUUUAUUUGUAAUAAUUUGAAUGAA